GUAGAUGUGAGGGGUACUAGAAUGACGUCAGUAAAAAGUAGGCUUUUUUUCUCCUCUGUGCGGCUUGCAAAAGUAAAACCGUGUUUUAAAAGUUUGAAAAGUUACUUGAUGCGAAUCGUCUUAAGUUCCAAGACAGGUCUGAAGCAAAACGUUCUAUCCUUGUGAUACAGAGCUUGUCGAGUCAUACAAAGGUGAAACGCUGCAGUUUUCAAAAGUUUAUGCGUCUAUUUCUGGAGUUUGAAUGUGAAAAUUGAUGAGCAGAAGAGUCUUACGCAUCUAGAAAUUAAAUAACUCAAGACAACAUUUUGUGUGUUCACCGGAAUUCUACGACAUGGGAGUCCUACUAUUAAGUAUUUGCAAACUGGUGCUGGCAAUAGUAACAGGUUUAAGCUUGUGCAAAUAUGCACAUGCUGACUGGAAUGCAACUAGAGAAUCAGAAACUGAUGCUGUGCUCUGCAACAACUUGGAAGAUGGCAAUUGCACAGAAGUCACUGAGCAUGCAAAAAGAAGAGGGCACUUCUCUGUGUGUCCUAAAGAGUACCAACAUUACUGCAUCAAAGGGAAGUGCCGGUAUGUGGUGGAUGAGCAACAGGCAGCAUGCAUAUGUGAAAAUGGUUAUACUGGCUCCAGAUGUGAAUUACUGGAUUUUUUCUACCAACGAGGUGACCGAAAGCAGAUUAUUAUUGCCAGCCUGAUUGCAGCAAUGGUGCUCGUGAUAAUUCUUAUAAUAUUCAUUUGCAUAUGUGCACAAAAGAGUGAAGCUUAUUUAACACAUAAAAGAGACAAAGGGGCUGAAAAAGAUGUGAAACCUGCGGCAGACAGACAGCAGCCGCAGAUCCUGUUUGAAUAUACCAGGGCGCUCAUACUACUAGCUCGUCGUCGAUAUGGCAGAUAA